AUGGCGUCCGCCGCCCGCAAGUGCGCCCGCACCGCCGCCGGCGGCGGUGCGGAGGACGCGGAGCCCUCGCCGAUCGCGGAUGGCUUCGAGGCGCCCCUCUUUGGCGCGCGCGUCGUCGGACAGGUCUCCACGCUCACGCUCGAGGGCGAGGACGGCCCUCUAUCGCUCGGGCCGGUUGGCGUGGCGAGCGAUCACGCGGGCGCCUGGUACGUCGCGACCGAGGACUCGCUGCUGCACGUCUCGGCGGCCGGGCGCGUGCGCCGCGUGGCAGCCUUGCCAGCAAGUCACGUUUUCAACAGCAUUGCUGCCAGCCCGGACAGGAGCGCGGCGUUUGUGGCGGACUACAGCAACCACAAGAUCCGGCGGGUGGAGGUGGCGACGGGCGAGGUGACCACGCUUGCAGGAAGCGGCGACGAGGGCGACGCGGAUGGCGUGGGCGACGCGGCACAGGUCUGCGGCCCAGCUGGCAUCGCCAUCAGCCCAGACGGCGGCGUGCUGUUUGUGGUGGACCAAGACAACCACAAGAUCCGGAGGGUUGAGGUGACUACGGGCGAGGUGACGAGUAUCGCGGGCAGCGGCGAGCCUGGCGACGCGGACGGCGUGGGCGACGCGGCGGAGUUCUGCGGCCCACGCGCCCUCGCCCUCAGCCCAGGCGGCGGUGCGCUGUUUGUGGUGGACCAAGGCAACCAGAAGAUCCGGCGGGUGGAGGUGUCGACUGGCGAGGUGACGACGGUCGCGGGCAGCGGCACCAGGGGCAGCGCUGAUGGCGUGGGCGACGCGGCGCAAUUCCACGGCCCAAGUGGCAUCGCCCUCAGCCCAGACGGCGGCGCGCUGUUUGUGGCGGACUGCAGCAACGUCGACAACCAACAGUCGCUCAAAUCCCUGUUUUCGGUCGAGAAGUCCCAUCGAUCCGAAAAGUCCGAAGUUGGAACCUCGAAGCUGGGUCCGUCCGACAUGCGCUCUCUCGCGCUAAUCGCCCACAACCACAUGAAGCCGGCGAUGAGGAUGUUUGUGGAGGAGCACGCCGAGACGCUCAAGCGUUUCCGCGUGACGGGCACCGCGUCGACGAUGGCGAUGCUGCGCACGGUCUUUGGCGAGGACGACGAGGUCGUCUACGGCGCCGUGUGCUCCUCAGGGCCGCUGGGCGGGGACGCGCAAAUUGCGGCGCUAAUGUGCCUCGAAGACAUCGGCGCGGUUAUUUUCUUCACCGACCCGCUGAGCGCUCAUCCGCACCAGGCCGACGUGGACUCGCUCAUCCGACUCAUCAACGUGCACAACGUGCUGCACGCGACCAACCCCACCUCGGCAGAGGGGCUCAUGCACCUCCUCAAGACGGCGGUGGAGCGCAACGAGCCCGAGCGCAUCCCCUCAUUCUUCUUCACCAUCCAGUCCCCCGCCGUGCCAGAGUACCAGGCGCAGCAGGCCGCCGUCAUCCAGGCGGCGUCGAAAAUCCAGACGCCAGAGGGUGAGCCGUCGUGGGCGUCACACUCGGGACAUUCGAGACAUUCGAGCGCGGCUGUGCCCGCGCCUGGCACCCUUCGGCCAUCGUCGGCCGAGAAGAUGUCCAUCGCCAAGCACGUCUUUGAGCAGGGGACCCUCAAGUACCUGAGCGCUUCUUCGGAGCGCUCGCUGACGAGCGUGCCCGAGGAUGAGCCCGGGCGCUCGACGCCUCGGGAGAGCGGGUUCAGGAUCAGGCAGAGGGGCUCACUCGACGAAGAGGUUGCCCGCGUUCGGGAGUCGCACACCCCCUCCGCAGGUAGCACGAGCACCCCGUCGCCUGACGCGGCGCCUGGCGGAGGCAAGCCGAAGAGGCGCGCCAGCAAAGUGAUGCCUAAGAUCGGAGCCUGCAUCAUUGGCUGA